AUGAAGAUAGGGCGCUAUUCGAUCGCACCGCAGCUGCAGUCUUCUCGGUACUCCCAAAAACCCCCCAAACGCCAAUCGAAACCAGUCGAGCCGGCCCGGCCACCGCGAAAGAAAGCUCUCCUCAUUGGAAUUGCUUAUAAUAGCGACGAGGAGGCCUCUUCUUCUCCUGGCCUGGCCUCUCUCAAGGGGCCUCAUAAAGACGUUGAUGAGAUGUACAGUCUAGUCGUGGACAAGUACGCCUAUCUCCCAGAGAACGUAGUCAUUUUACGCGACAACGGCCAUGACCUUCAGCCAACAAGACACAAUAUCUUGCGCGCGAUCGACGAGCUCGUCCAAGAUGCAGGAAAGGGAGAUAGAUUCUUCUUCCACUACUGUGGCCAUACGAUCCAAGUCGAAAAUCGGUCGAAUAGUGAAGAGGACGGCAUGGACGAGUGUCUUGUGCCUGCUGAUGGCGAAUUCUACAAGAUUCAGGACAACGAACUGCGCAGGCAUCUUGUUGACCCUUUACCGCCGGGGACUUGUUUGGUGGCUGUUUUUGACUCGUGUCAUAGCGCCAGCUUACUCGACCUCACGCAUUUCCGUUGCAACCGUAUUUAUGUCCCCUGGAUUUCCAAGGGCCGGCGACUGAGUAAUGAGUUGUGGAAUGCGGUUGUUCGCAAACACGCCUUGCCGCUCAGUAAACCUGCCACCCCAAUACACUCUCCACCGACAUCCCGUGCCGCAACUCAUGCCGAUUUGUCUGCUACUCCCGCACUUGUGGAGCCACGACUGCGUCGACUCACCCGGCGAGCAACAAGAGAAGCCAAGGAGUUCAUCCAGCUCAAUAAAUCAUCAGCAGCGCCUGAAAGGGUCCCAACUCGACCCGCAUCACCGACUACAGUGACUACACCGAACUCUCCUAUUGUAACGACUCGUCGUAUAUAUGAAGCCGCUCGAACAUCAUCGCGGCGAUUGCAAGGGUGGCGAACUGACGUUAAUGCUCUCGAAAUCGACAUCGCGGAAGAAUCAACUACAGAACCGCUCGCUCGUGCAGAAACGGAUGGUGGCUUGCGGAAAAGCAGGCGAUUCGUGAAAGCCACGAUGCAAGGCAAACGUGCUUCCUUGCCUUUGGUUCCUUUUCAGCCAGCCCCUCUCGUCGAGGGUCAGUCCUCUACCCGUCGACGCCGGACUACCGUUUCUCGAGCACGUGCAGUGUCGUUAUCUCCGCGAAAUGCGACAAUUGAACGGCAAGCAGGGAAAGAGAAUGUAAUCGACUCUAAUGCUCGACCGUCGUUGAAGCUCUCCAUGCCGGCUGAACGCCCAAUGUCUUGGUUAGGCGAAGACCACGAGUGCGACAGUCCUGCGCCAGUCUGGGAAUGCGACGGAAAUUGCCGCGAUCGCACUCAUACUCACGAUGAGGAGCGAGCUGAAGUGAUUUCUCUUGCGUCUUGUAAGGACCAUCAACUUAGUUGGGAAGAUUCAGAGGGUGGGAGUAUGACACGUGAGCUCGUGCGGAUCCUCAAUCAGGAUCCUCACCCAACACUGCGGGCCCUCAUGAUGCGGGUGAGCUAUGGUCUGCAUGCAACAACUCUUGAUCGCCAUCUCGCGACAAGAAAGUACAAGCGCAAGGUGAAGAAAUACCUCGCAAUGCUCGCGAAACGACCACGCAUCGACCAAAGUCGAGGACCAGAUUCGAUUGUCACACCGCCUACCCCAAAUGAUGCUGCGUCGCUUUCUCCAAUCCAUCAACUCGCCGAGUUGAACGGUGCAACCGCUAGUAGCAAGACUCCGGCGCGACAACCGAAGCACAGAAAAGCAACCCGGUAUCUUCCUGGUGGCGAAGAGGAGCUCACUUAUGACAUGCCCCGGCCUCCGCAGAAUAGGGCCCAGUCGGAAGGCUUCCCCGUCCUGGAGAUGGACAACUUUCAGGACCCACAACUGGCGAGUCAUCGACCCUUGAAUUUGGAGACUCAAUGGAGCAUCUAA